UGACUUUGUUUUGAAUGAGAAUAAUAUUAUGCUAUACUCUAUGGAUAAAAAGCUUGGUGCAAGUGGUGUGGUUUUGGUGUUAGUAUUCUUCAGCUUCACUAUAGCUAAUGUGAAUGGAGAUUCAGUUAAUGAUGAAGAUCAGAGUAAGAAAUCAGCUUUGUGGGUAUGGCAGAGACUAAGAAAUGCAUAUUCUAUGUAUUCAUCAGUUUUCCCAACAAAUAUUGGACAAUAUUGGCACAUGGUUAAGGCCAUUGUCAAUCACACUUAUGCUUAUUUCUUCCCUCCAAAUCUAGAUUUUAGGAGAGGAGAAGAGGGUGAAGCAGUGGUAGAUAACAAUGGAGCAGGGGAUAAGGUGAAAGAAGCUUUAGCCAAAAGCCUAGGAACAAGCAAAGCAACGUUGGAGGAUGCUGCAAAAUCAGCAGCAGAUAAGGUCAAGAGGAGUUUGUCUGAUGAUAGGGAAAAGAAACAUCCAAAAGAGCUCUAAUUCUAUGAUGUAUAAGAAGAACUAAUUAAGAUGUUGUAUUUGUUUAAUGUUAUUAUAUGCAUAUCUUACUUAAGAAGCAGGAUAUCUUGUGUAAAGCUUCAAUCAUUUGUAGGCUUGAAUGAUCAAAUGAGGUCUACACACAUGAAUUGCAGUUUUGGAUGUUAAAUUAAGUGUAUUUUUGCUUUAGAA